CUUUCUCCCCUUUUCUCUCCAGGAUGGAGGGAGGGUUGGAACCCGGGAACCCAGGGCUCCAGGCACACGAAGAAGAGGGUCUGAGAAGUGACGAGUCCCGGGAUGGAGGAGAGGAGCAAGUAGGGCCCGGAGGGCUGGGACGCCUGAGUCCCAGGAGGGGCCUGGAAUGUCCUUUUCUCCCCUUGGGGCACAGAAAUAGGGAAGACGCCAUUCUUCAGCCAGGAGUUCUGGAGGAUGUGAGGGCUCCAGGCCUGGCUUCUGGAGACCUGCCCCCCAGCCCUGUUUUCAAGCUCCCCUCGGAACACCCGCCUGAAAGGCCCUUUCUUGUCUGGCCAGGCCAGCCAGCUGCCCGUGAAAUGAUGCUGGGGCUCCAGAGGCUGUGUGGAGCAGGCCAGGGCGAGGGGGAGGAGAAACUUGCCGGAAUAGGUCUCAGGACAGCUCUCCCAGGAUCCAGGCCUUUUGGUUGCCUCCAGUGCGGACUGACUGUAGCUUGUCUCCCCGAUCUGAUUCACCACCAGGGUACUCACCCAGGGGAGAAGCCAUACAGGUGUCCUGAGUGUGGGAAAGAGUUUCGAAGAGGCUCAGACCUAAUAAAGCACCAUCGUGUGCACACUGGGGAAAAGCCUUACCCCUGUCCAGACUGCGGCCGUUGCUUCAGCCUUAGCUCCAACCUGAUCCAGCACCGAAGAUCACACACAGGCCACCGGCCACACAAAUGUCCCGACUGUGGUGAGGGCUUUGGCCGGAGCUCAGACUUAGUGAAGCACCAAAGGGUCCAUACGGGUGAGAAACCAUACACUUGCUCUGAGUGUGGCAAGACCUUCAGUGUCAGCUCCAACCUCAUCCAGCACCAGCGAACUCACACAGGAGAGAAGCCAUAUAAGUGUGCAGACUGUGGAAAGAGCUUCAGCUUGAGCUCUAAUCUGCUUCAGCAUAGGAGAUCACAUACUGGGGAGAAGCCCUAUAAGUGUGGUUGGUGUGGGGACAGCUUUGGCCGAAGCUCCUAUCUGCUCAAACACCAACGUUCUCACACAGGUGAGAAGCCCUAUAAUUGCUGUGAAUGUGGCAAGAGCUUCACUAACAGCUCUGACUGUCUACGCCAUCAGCGGACCCACAAUGGUGAGAAGCCCUUCAAGUGCCCUGAUUGUGGUAGAGGCUUCAGUGAGCGUUCACAGUUCACAGACCACCAGCGAAUUCACACAGGAGAGCGGCCUUAUUCCUGUGCAGACUGUGGCAAGAGCUUCUACCACAGCUCUAAACUUAUCAAGCACCAGCGUUCCCACACAGGAGAAAAGCCCUAUAAGUGUCCUGAAUGUGGCAAGAGCUUUGUGGAUAGUUCAAACCUCCUCCGGCACCGACGGACCCACAUUGGGGAGAAGCCAUAUACUUGUAGUGUCUGUGGAAAGGGGUUCAGUCAGAGUUCCCACCUGCUAAUCCACCAGGCAGCCCAUAGUGGUGAAAAGCCUUACGUUUGUCUUGAGUGUGGAAAGGCUUUUGCCCGAAGUUCUAACCUGGUCCAGCACCAGAGAACCCAUCAGGGUGGGCAUCCUUAUAAAUAUCCUACCUUUGGUCAGAACUUUGGCCUUGGCCCUGAAUUUGUUCAGGACCUUGGGAGUUCUUCAGGAGCUGGUUUCCUCUGAGCCCUAGCUAGUAAAAGUGACAGAGCCCAGGUCAGAUAUACUCUGGGAUGUGAGCUUUGGUUCUUUUUGGGGGUAUCCUCUGUGUCCUGGAACAUACUUCCUCUUUGGGGACAGAAACAUAGAUUCUGAGUUUCAAAUAUGAAGACAUCCACCAUUCUUGCUACCCUGCUGGACCUUUCAGUUGAUUGAUGAAUAGGCUUUAAGGACUAAGGCAGAUAGGGCUAGAAAAAAAAGACUUUGAGGGAACAGCGUAGUUAUCUUCCAGAAUUGUAAAGAUUGUAACGUAGGAAAGGAUACAGACUCAUUUGGGGUAGGUCCUAGUGGCAGAACUAGGGCUAAUGAGAAGUUAGUUAUAAUUAAAGCUAUCUGUUUUUAAAAUGGGACUGAGGUUGUUAGAGAGAAAUUUAAUUUCCUGUUACUUGCCUUCUCCGUGAAGACACUAUGUGAUUUAUCUAUCUGAAGUAUCAUAGAGUAGAUUCAAUACUAGAAGAGAGGUUGGAAUAGAUUACCUGUAAGGUCUUUUCCACCUCUGUGUUCUUUGAUUCUAUAGUUCUAAGGCUUCAUUGGGGUUGAUAGGACACAUUUAGACUAAGUUGUCAGGAGGCUUCAUUGAUUCUAUGGGAAGAAGCUGUAUGGCAUAGAAGGAAACAGGAUGGUAUGUAGACCCAACUACAGAGGGCGAAGAAUGGGUGACAUAGUUCUCAUGAGAUCAGCACCUGAGUUCUAAAGGCUUAAGGAGAUCUCCUGGGAGCUAAGGGAAAUGAGUAACUUUGGGUUCCCAGCUAGUGUCCUUUGGCCAAACUAUGUGAAAUUUGUUUUCGCUUUUAGUGUUUUUCCAGGGUUCUUAUGUUGCUCCCCAGUCACAAGAGGAAGACAUUGUAUAUGCUUCAUCACACUAAGAUGUUGGACAUUUUGUGUUUUAUCUUUAAGGAGUAGGUGUACAGCCUGGGGAAGAGUAGUGUUUAAUUCAAAGGAAUUUAUUGGUAAUGAUGGAAUUUGAUCUUGCAAUGAGAGAGAGAUUGGGGCUUGGUGGAGAACAAUUUUCAGAGUUUGCCAAGGAACAGUGAUUUCAGCUGUAGGUCCAGCCUCUUCCUAUUUCUUGAUACCCUCACCCCCUAUGCAGGUGCCCUGUGUCUUUGGGAAAGGCAAGGGCUGGUUGCACUGAGGCUGAUUAUUUCUUUCCAUAGGCCUGCAUAGAAGCUUUCUCCUUGGGAGACCUGGAAUGGAUAGGAUUAAUCUUUUGCUAUAGAGCAUAGCUCUGAGCUGUUCCCUAGCGUAAAGAGAAGAAGCCUCAGGAUUCUUGGAUGUUGGGAGGUUUUGAGGGGCCUUUGGAGAUGUUUGAAUGUUUUAGUGCUCAGAGAAAGUAUAAACAUUGGUUCUAGGCCUCAGCCCCCAAUAAAGAUGGUAUCUGUGAUUGAUUAUUCUUGUUUCAAACUCUCUCAUCCUGUUCUUUUUUCCUCCAGAGGAUUCUCCCAUUUCAACAAAAUGGGUUAGUGAGGCAGAUUAUCAAAAGAUUCAGAGAAUCAUUUUUGUCAGCUGUUCUUUCCCUGGCCUCAGUAGGUAUAUCCUUGUAAGACAGGAAAAGGGUAUUUAGGGUGGCUAUCCCCUUGCUCCCCAGUCUCUUUAAGAGCCUUCUACCCCGAAACUGUUUCAUUUACAUUAUUUGACUUACCCUUCCAGGAGCUCAGUGGGAAGGAUGUAAGUCUCCAUUGUAUAGUUGGGGAACCUAGAACUGUUUGCUUAGUCAGUGUUUGAACAAGUUGUCAUAUUCCUUAAUUGAAGGGGGUAUAGCUAUGGAAAAAACACUAGGUUGGGAGUCUGAUCUGAAUUCUGGUCUGCCUCUGACUUUAAGGAAGUCAUAAUCUCUCUGAUCCUCAGUUUCCUUGUCUGUUAAAUGGGGGACAAUCUAAUACCUCCCCAUCUCAGGUAUCAUCAAAUGAGAUUCUCAGAGGACCUACCUAGGAUAUUAAUAUACAUUAAUUGAAAAACAAACUGCUAUACACUUUAAUCUUAUUUGUGUAAUACUUAUGCUAUUCAUAAGGAUUUCACAAUGUAUUUUCUCAGGGCAGACAUUUUCCUUUUUAUUUUUUAGAACUAUGGGUACUUCCUAGAAUGGUUGGGAAGAUCAUGUUUUUGAGGAAAGGAAAAGCAUUUGGGACCAGAAUUAUUUAACUUGCAAAAUAAGAAGUUUGUAACCAGGACUACUUUAUUGUCUUUUAAGUAGACAAUUAAACUCUUUUUCUUUUUUGAGAAGAGAAGCCAUUUAAUUUCCAUAGUAAGGUUUUAGGUUCAAUAGAUAAAUUCUUAACAGAAUUGGUAAAUUUUGGGAAGCAAGGGAUUAGAGUGAGGUGGAAUAUCUCCUUCAGUAUUUUGUAGAAUAAGGGUCUUUACCUGCGUGUCUUCAUGGGAGGAGAGGAGUAUGAGAUUGGGGAAUCUGAAAUUCUAUAUGAUUAGGCUUCUGUAAAGAAAGGGUUGGGAUUCAUGAGACUAUAAUCACCACACAAGACAAUUUGUAGAGUCCCUCCAGCCCAGAAUUCUGUAUGGGAAGGGAUGGGCAACUGGUUAUUCUCAAUUGCUAACCUCAAAAAUAGAGUUGAAUCUCAAAUCACCUAUUAAAGACCUAUUACAUAAUAACUAAACUGUAAACCUGUCUUUAGCUUGUAUUUUUAUUCUUUAUUGCCCCAUGAAAUAAGCUUCCAUAAAGUUACUACCUGCUAUGUAGAGCAGGAUUUCCUUUAAUUCUCUCAUAAUGACCUUUAAGCAUCAAGGUAGUUUUAAAUUUGAUAUUCCAGGGUUUAGCACACACAUCACUUCAGCUUUUAUUGAUUCUGCAUUUAUAGAAUUUUGCAUCCAAUAAGCAAACAUUUAUUAAGUGCCUCUUAUGGGUCAGGCAUAUUGAGAUUCCCAUUUAUUUGUCUUUUUAAUCUUUAAAAAUUUGGUCUCAUAACAGCUUUCCUGCUACCAAACCUCAUCCCGGGAUUUCUUCCUCUGGUGAUUUUCAAGUUCUAAGAUGCCUCCCCAUGAGAUAUGCAAGUGAGAAGGGGAUAAACUACUCCAGGUGCAGGUGUCUCAUUUCACAGAAGUACAGGGGGAAUCAUUCCUGUUUUGUAUCCCAUUCCCCCAUCUAGUCAUCUGAAGUGGUGAUAUCUAUAAUAACAACAAAGUUCUGAUUUUAUACUUGGGAAUUUACUCUAAAAUACAUUGAUGACAUUGACCUACCUGUCCCUUUUUCAGCUUUCUGGUUUUUCUGUAAAUUGUUUCUGUUAACUUAGAUUUUACUAGCUGGAAGAUCUUUGGCAUUAUAGGAUUUAGAGCUAAAAGGGAUCUUAAUAGAUUAUCUUGUCCAAGACCUUCAUUUUAUAAAUGAGGAAACUGAGGGUUAGAGAAGUUGUAUUUUGCCACCCACAAACAGUGUGUGUGUUUCUAGUCAUACAAAGAGUAAGUACCAGAGCCAAGAUUCAAACAUGGAUCUUCUGACUCCAAGUCUAGAGCUUUUUGCCCUAAGCUAAUAUUUAGUUUGCAGACCUGAGGGCCUUAACGGUUUAUUUCCUCUUCUGGUUUAUUAAGGGAAAAAAGUUACAUAAGACAAGUCUUAGUGCCAGUAGUAGAAAACAGCACCAUUCUGGAAUUCUUCCAGAGAAGUGUACACUUAUCUUUAUCCUUUGUUUAAGCUCUACAAAAGGUUAUCAAGUCCCAUGGGGACUUGUUUUGAUAAUUUUCUUUUGAAAAUUAAUAAAAGGCUUUUUGAAAAAUAAAAUAGAUGGUUAGUGCUUUGCACAUUUAUUUACCUUUUCAAAGAACUGUGGCGCAUUAACCAAGUAUGUAAAAAAUAAAUAUGCAUUACUCUUUUGUUUCUCCUUUGUCUACAUUCCCAGUGUUAGCACCCUCACCCUCCCAGAAAGCUAUCCCUUAGAAUAAAAAGAAAGGAAAAAAACUUCAGCAAAAUUAACAUCAAAGUCUGACAUUUAUAGUGUUCCCUUCCCAUGAUCCCUCUCCUUUGCAAAGGAGGUGGAGAGGUUCCUUCUCAUAUCCUGGAGCUGAGCUUGGUCAGAAGUUUCUGUUGUGUUGUUUUUUGGGGUUUUUUUGCAUUUACAUUGUUUCUGUAUAUUAUUUUCCUGAUUCUGUAUUUGCUUUACUUUGCAUCAGUUCAUACGAGUUUUCCUGUGCUUCUCUAUUUUCAUCAUAUUUAUUGUUUCUUAUAGUACAAUAAUAUUACAUUAUUAACCAAGUACUUUGAAUCAUGUCUUAUUAAUCCUCAGGGCUCCUGCCUUGAUAGGCAAAUAAAUAUUGUUUGUGUUAAAUUGA